AUGCACGCUGUUUUCUUUGCUUCGUCGCUGCUCGUCUUUGGCGCGCUUUCGAGCGCGCAAGACAAUGUCUUUAUUCGCGACUAUUUCGUGCACAAAAGGGUAAGGAAUGUCGUGGGAUUCUCCUGCGGCGAUACAAUAGGCGAUUUUAAUCUGAUGAAAACGUUGAGCACAACGGGAAUAUUUACGAUAAUACGGGAACCCACCGUCAAGAUCGACUUCCGUAGGUUUUUAAGGAGCGAAACGUGCACGUUAGGCGUCAUCGUUGAUCUGCGUUGCCUCAACGAAACUGCCGUACGGAUUUUCGGCGAAAGCUCCAAGUACAGAAUGUACGACUACUCGUACAGCUGGCUAGUGUUGGGCUCGAAUUACGAUUAUACUAUUCCGAUGUUGAACGACACUGCCUACAACAUGGUGACGGACCUGGUCGUCGCGAUAUCAAACAAAACCGACUACGUGCUGUACGACGUGUUCAAUCAUUGCAAAUACCGCGGCGGUGCGUUGAACGUCACGAAACUUGGCACUUGGCGCCACGAUUCCGGUUUGAAUAUCACCCUGACGCAGCCUUUAAUUAACAGAAGAGCAAACAUGCACGGGAUGAGAUUAAAAAUAUCCGGCGUGAUACAAUACAGACCGAAAGACAUGCGCCUCGAGGACUACAUGCAGGACAUUAACACGAGAUCCUUGGACAGCAUGCACAAGUUCGUGCACGCUAUGAUCUUACACACGGGGGAUCUUUUUAAUUUCAGCGUGCAUGCCUCCGAAAUAAUUUACUGGGACAGGCACAGCGUGCACGGUUUGAUCUUCGAGUUCCUGCAAUCGAAUUACAUCGAUUUCGCCAGUAAUCCGAGGAUCAUGGUGUCCGAGCGACUGGAUUACGCCAGCCUUAUUGGCGCAGCUUGGCCGAUCAGGCCCUGUUUCAUGCUGCUGUCGACUUCGACCAACAAAAUCAAGCUGGAGAUCUUCUUAAAGCCGUUCACUCGUCAGACGUGGUACACGUUCGCGGGUUUCGGGAUAUGCGCCAUCUUUGUUAUGAAAAUAGUGAUGAACCGCGAGGGGAUCGGCAAGAAAGAAAGAUAUUCCGGGGCAGUGGUGUUAUCGAUAGGGAUCUUAUCUCAGCAAGGCGCAAAUAUCACUCCGAGACGCAUAGCCAGCCGCAUAGCGCUUUUUCAGUUAUCCAUACACUGUUGGAUCAUGUACAAUUACUAUUCGGCCAGUAUAGUCUCUGCUAGAUUGAGCGAACCCCUCGAUAUGAUGGAAGAUUCCGUGACCGUUCUUGCAGAUAGCAAUCUAAGGAUCGCUGUAGAGGCUGUGCCUUAUCUGAAUUACUUUCUGUAUAAACUGAACUGGGAGUCGGAUUACUUCCGAAAAAAGCGUUGGGACCCUCUGCCAGAGUCGAAGAGAUACUUGCCGAUUGAGGAAGGCAUCAGACAAGUCAGCCAGGGUAUUUUAGCGUAUCAUACGGACCCAAAUACCGCGUACCCUUACGUGGAGAGGAUGUUCGACUCCAAUAAGAUCUGCGAAUUGACGGAGAUCCACUUGUUCAAACAAUCCGUGAUGGGCAUGUACGCCAGUCACAACGGACAGUUCAUAGAAAUGGCGAAAAUAGGUUUGACGAAGAUGUUUAAUACCGGCCUUCGGGACCGGCAAAUCAAGCAUUGGUCGUCGAGAAAACCGCAGUGCCAACCGGACACGUUGUCCACAAGAAGUAUCACGAUCUACGAGACUGCACCGGCUCUGAUUUUAUUGACUUUCGGCAUGCUCGUGGCUGGGGGUAUUUGCAUCGCUGAAAAUAUUAUUUAUAGGCGUUCGAUGAAAAACAAAGUGGUAAAUCGAAAGAAGACGGUCGGCUCCAGAGGAAGCAUCAUCAGUGGAAACAGCAGAGACAAUCUGCUAGAUCUGCAACUCUAA